UAUCACAAAUACUCCAAAAUAUAGAAAUUUCUAGUAAAUUUCCUUCGAUCCUCAACCAAAAACAAAAAUAUAGCAAAUCUUAGUGUACAUGAGAUGUAAAAAAUCCAAGAAAAUGGUUCCAAUUUUCUUGUUUUUACACUAAGAUACUCUAUGCAUCUUCUCAUGAAAAUUCAAGAAAAAAGGUACCAUUUUUUUUUCAUAGUUUCUUGAAAAUCUUGAAGUAUUGUAGAAUCCAAGAAAAGGGUCAUAAGAUUCUUGAAAAUUUUAAGGUAUUAUUGUUACCUUAAAAGGUGUUGGUUGUGUUUAUGUUCUUCCUUGUUGUUUGAUUUGAUGGCUUUUUUUAAUAGAAAGAUGUUAGAAGAACAUAUAUUUGAUGUACCAAAAAGUGUUAAAUGUUUGAGUUGUACAUCAUAUGUUUGUACAAAUGAUUGUGGUGAUCAUUAUGAUACAUAUGUUCCAAGUGAUGGUCCAUUUUUUCCUCCACCUCCUCCUCCUUAUGUGACAAGUGAAAAAUACCAUAUGCCCUUUUAUUUUAUCAUAAUGCUUUGUGUAUUUGGGGCUUUUUUUAUGUUCAUAUGUUAUAUGAUUAUACUUAGGAGGAGUAGGUCAAAUUCAAGGCCAAAUAAUGUUUCACAAUUUGAUGAAACUAGAGAGGAUUUUGUUAUAGAUGAGAAUUUGGGCCCAAUGUUGGAUCAUCCGAUUUGGUAUAUUCGCACUGUGGGACUUGGACAAGAUGUUAUUGAUUCGAUUACUGUGUUUAAGUAUAAAAAAGAUGAGUUUUUGAUUGAUGGGAGUGAUUGUUCUGUUUGUUUGACUGAAUUUGAGGAGGAUGAGAGUUUAAGGUUGUUGCCUAAAUGUAGUCAUGCUUUUCAUAUUCCUUGUAUUGAUACUUGGUUAAGGUCACACAAGAAUUGCCCCUUGUGUCGUGCUCCUAUCGUCUCCGAUAAUGAUACUUCUCCUCGAAUGGAUCGUGUUGUGGAAGUUGUAAGUGUAGGUGAUGAUGGCUCUAGUACGAAUGAUGUUGAUCUUGAAUUGGAUGAAGAGGGGAGUAAUCAAGAAAUGAGGUGUGGAGUAGUUGAAAAUAUUGAUGAGGAGGAGGAAGGGAGAUCAACGAUGGACUUAUCGAUGAAAAUUCCACGAGUUAAUGUUGAUGGAAGGAGGAAAGGGGGUCGUGCUUUUAGCGAUUUGGUUGAUCAACAUAGAGUAGUGAAGGAGAUCAACGAUGAACUACAACCUGCACGAAGAUCGGUCUCAAUGGAUUCCUCUGUUGCUCAAGUGAUUCACCUCGCGAUGAUUAAUGAGAUGAAUUCGAAGAAAGUUGAUCAAGGGUGUUCGAGUUCAAAGAGAGGAGAUAGAAAUUCGAGUUUGUAUAAAGCAAUGAAGAGUUCUUCCUUUGGACGUUCAUUGCAAAAAGUUCCUAUAAUUAGUAUGAAAAGGUCUUUUUCUACUAGUGGAAAGUGGUCAUUGCCUACAACUAGCAAGAUUCAAGAUCCAAGACAAACAAUGUAACAACACUUCACUUUACUUCUUGAAUUCUUCAAGUUGGGUUCAAGAUUUACAUAUAUAUAUAUAUGAAAAUAUAAAGUGUAAAAGUUGUGUUCUACAUAAAGGACUUGGAAACAAAUGAAUUUACAUAUUUCCUCUUCUUGAAGAGAUAUUUGACUUUAUUAGGUUAAUAAUACAGCAAGAGACGGAGCAAGUUUAUUUCGCUCGAUGUUUACACUAAUCCAAUGAAACGUAUCUUGCAAUGAGAUUGUCAAUUUGCGCGGAA